AUGAAUGAAUUGGAUUCUACUACUGUAUUCUCGGAAAAUAAUGAUUCUAUUCAUCAUCGUCAUGGUCCCAUUCAUACCUAUCCUAUAGAUACUAUUAAAGUACCUUCUAGAUCCAUCGUGUGUCAAAGAAGUCUUGCCAGGGAAAUUCAUGCUUCCUUAUAUUGCUCUAAUAUACAGUAUCAACAUACUGCCAUCAAUCUCCAUUAUGCUCGAGAUGCCGUUUUUGAAGAUCCAAUUAUCUCUAUUAUAGGCAUUCCUUCGAUUCUUGCAAAAUUCAGAGCAUUGACCUGGUUUCCUUGUAUCAACGUAACUGUCAAUUCAAUUUACGAAUCCGUGUCUGUACGUCCUGAACAGCAUUCUCAGGCAUAUGUUGUCGUCAUUGAUGCCUGGCUCAUCGUCACUCUUGUUCCAAACUUGAUCAAGUUUCCCUUGCGUAAUAUUUCUAGACUUGAAUUUGACGACCAUAAUCUUAUCCGUCGACAUGAAGAUAUCUGGUCCUUGAGCGAUAUGUUUGCUAGUUUACCCAUUGGUCUUGGUUGGAUGUAUGACAUUGCUCGAAGUGUCAAUGGCAUAGUAGGCAGUGUAGUAAUCGAUGGUAUUACCUGGGGUUUCAAAAAUAUCCAUCAGGGAAAAAAGGGAAAUAUCUACCAAGGCUACUGA